AAAGGGCAGGUGGAGAUUUAAGUAUAUGAGAGGUUUUCAGAACUUGCUAAUAAACAUCUAGCAGUUGUUCAAGGGAGUCUAUCAAACUGCAUGGUUUUUUAUUUUUUGGAUUUUUGUUCUUCUUUCUAGCAAUUUGAGUUUAAUGGGGUCGUUGUUUAAAGUCUCAGACAUGUGAAUUGUUCUGAAAAAGUUGUUUACGAGGAAUGGAAGGUGGUGAUUUGAACAAUGUGAGAACUCCAUUGUUGUCAAGUGAAGGAGAAAAGCUAAUCCAGAAUGGGCAAACAGAAUAUUUUUACUCAGUUGAUGCUUUGAAGUGUGAAUUCUUCUCCAAAUUGCCUGAUAGAGUUCGGUCUGGGCUUGAUCCUGAGACCCCUUUUCAUAUGGACCUUUCUAAAACCACUGGCUUGAUUGAAGGUGAAAAAGAAUACUAUGAAAAACAAUUUGCUACAUUGAGAUCUUUUGAGGAAGUUGAUUCCCUAGAAUUACCCCAUGUCAUAGAUGAAGCACAAGGUCAUGAAGAACAAGCCCAACAUGAGAGAGCAAUUAACUUUUCUAACUGGGCAAAUGGUUUUUUGCUUGCUUUUAAGAUAUAUGCAACAGUCAAGAGUGGAUCCCUAGCAAUCGCUGCAUCGACGCUAGAUUCUUUGCUAGAUCUUUUAGCAGGCGGUAUACUAUGGUUUACAAAUCUGUCAAUGAAAAGCAUAAACAUCUACAAGUAUCCUAUUGGAAAACUAAGGAUGCAGCCAGUAGGCAUUAUCAUCUUUGCUGCUGUCAUGGCCACCCUUGGCUUCCAGGUGCUGGUUGAAGCUAUAGAACAAUUGAUCAAAGACAAACCGUCUGAUAAAAUGACUUCACUGCAACUGAUCUGGCUAUAUUCAAUUAUGCUGACAGCUACUGCACUCAAACUUGUCCUAUGGUUUUACUGUAGAAGCUCAGGGAGCAAAAUUGUCCGUGCCUAUGCAAAGGAUCAUUAUUUUGAUGUGGUAACAAAUCUAGUCGGUUUGAUUGCUGCUGUUCUUGGUGAUAAGUUUUACUGGUGGAUUGACCCUGUUGGUGCUAUCAUCCUUGCCCUCUAUACUAUAACAAAUUGGUCUGGAACUGUACUGGAAAAUGCAGUUUCGUUGGUUGGACAAUCGGCUCCUCCUGAAGUUUUGCAGAAACUUACAUACCUCGUCCUGAGGCACCAUCCUCUAAUCAAAAGAGUCGAUACUGUUCGAGCCUAUACUUUUGGUGUCUUAUUCUUUGUUGAGGUUGAUAUUGAACUGCCUGAGGACUUGCCAUUGAAAGAGGCACAUGCUAUUGGAGAAUCAUUGCAGAUAAAGAUUGAAGAACUCCCUGAAGUUGAACGAGCCUUCGUUCACCUUGAUUUCGAAUGUGAGCACAAGCCAGAGCACUCUGUUCUCAACAGACUCCCCAGCACUCAGCCUUGACCUUCAUUUUCCCAGACCAAAAUACUAUGCUGUCAUCGGCUAACUUGGUGAACAUGACACCAAACUGUUCAGUCCAAUGCAUUGAGAUGUAUAAAUUAGGAACUGCAUGACUUUAGCCAAGAGAAUCCGAGUUCGGAGUAGGAUAUAUUUAACUUUUGGAAAAUGAAUGUAGUUUU